AUGUCAUAUCAGAUAUUGAUUGGAAAAAAAUUGAAGAGAUUAAAAAAUUUAUUGGAGUGUUUUCAAAAGGCAACACUUGAAAUGAGUAAAUCAUCAUAUCCUACACUUGGCUCUUCUGUUCCUGUUUAUAAUUACUUAAUUGAUAAUAUUGAAGACUUUCUUGAUGAAAAACAACAUCUUAAUGAUAUUGUAACUGCUGCUAAUAGAGCAAAAGAUAAAAUUCAAAAGUAUUAUCCAACAUUGGAUGGGCUAGUAUAUGUUAUUGUAACAAUUAUAGAUCCAAGACUUAAAAUGGAAUAUUAUAAUGAUAAUGGUUUUGAGGAUUAUUAUAUCAAUACAAAUUACAAAUUUAUGGAGAGAAAAAUACAAAGAAACUCAGCAACAAAUUGCUACCAAUCAACCUCAAGUCCUCUUGCAAACCACAUGUUGAAAAAACGUAAAUUUGUACAUGCUGAUGAACUUGAUACAUACCUGAAUAAUUCAUCAGCAAAUUUGGAUAUAGAUAUUUUAUUAUUUUGGAAGGUGUUUAAUAAAAUCCUGGAAAAAUUUAAACACAUUAUUAACAUUUUAGAGUUAUAA